AUGAUCCGUCUUAAAAAUGAAAUCCUCCUUUCGAUCACUCUAGCCAUCGAUAAGGUCGACGAACCCAACACAAACAUACGUCAUCUCGCUCUCGCGCACUGUGGAUUUAGUGGCUUUGUCCGAAAUGCGCUCGUACGCAACGCCAUUGUUCCUCGAUACGGCGCCUCUGCCUACGUUGCUCUAUUACAGAAGCAUCCGGAGUGGGCCACGAAGAUUCAUCAGCUCGAACUUCGUGAGUUCGGGCACUGGCCCAAGGAUACAAAGGAGGCUGUUUGGGACUGCACCUCUGUCGUAUCGAAAAUCUUUGCGCCUGGUGACAUCGAAGAGACUGGCAAACUGACCAGAGCCUGACCGACAAUACCUGGCCCAGGAGCCAGGAACUGUGGCCACUGGCGGCUCUCCAGCGAUCUGGGGGACACUACAGGAUUCCAACGGCUACACGGUAUUCUUAUUAACAGGCUAGAGGAGCUCAGUAUAUUGACAGACGUAGGUACUGAUUUUCUGAUUGGCCACAUCAACAUCAGUGGCCUUGGCUUCGAGCCCAUGCCCAGUACCAAGGUAUGAAACCUCG